AAACCAAACCAAACCAAACCAAAGACGACAACAUGAGGAAGAUCGCGAUGCCUUGUAGAGUUAAUACAAGCGACUAAGCCUCACAUUAAGCCGAACGAGCCGCAAUGACUACCUACGUACGUGUUCGUAUCAAGCUAAAAUUAACAGCAGGAGAAAUGCCUCUUUGAUCUGACCAGGAGAUGCUGAGUUUUUCCCCCAGUAACAUUCGAGGACGAAGAGUUUUCAUACGAACAUCAUAAUGAGGUAGAGAGACUCUGUAGGUAGAUCUUUAUGCCUAAGUUGCAGUCAACGACUCAGGGCAGCUUUCAAGGCCAUACAUAUUCAGGAACCAUUGUCUUAGUGCCGAGCAUGUAUGAUCUGUUUUGGGAUAUGCGAUGUCAAGAGUAGAAAAGACCCUGGGCGGAGAUUCCUUCUUGGGCAAUAUCUGUUGGUCCUUCCUGGUGAUAGUUGUCAGUUCGUUGUUUGGAUGUGAUGGAAGCGAGGAAGGAAGGAGAUGGGCAUUCGUUUAUCUAUACCUACCUUACCUUAUCCACGUUUCUCCGAUCCAGCCAAUUUGUUUCUAUACAACAUCACCAUCAACACAAAGUCAUAGACACUGUCAAUCUGCCUGUCCAACAUGAGUGACGACCACAAUCUCCUGUCCCGUUUGUAUGCACCAACGGUUUACACAUGACAUGAACUCAAACACAACAACACUACACAGACCAUCAAUCAAUCACAUCACGUCACCCCCUACUCCCUACAGCUGCUACGACUGUACUAAACGUUUAGGGGACUUCCACACCCACCACCGGCCUCCACCACGCGCGUUGUCGACGGCCGACGUCUCCACCGAUUCCUUGUCUUUCUCGCAGGGCAGGGCAUGGUUGUGAACAUGGAUUACAUGGCUAGCAUCGCCAUGGAAGAGAUACAAGAGGAGAGAUGAGUCCAAAAGCGGCCCAACCCUGAACCAAAUUCUCCAAAGCUAUCAAGUCCCAAGAGCCAGACAGACGCUGCUGUUUCUCUACCCCACAGUCGCACACCGGGACCGUGCACGACAACCUCUCUAACCUAUCGUGAUCGCUGCUAUUUGAUUUUCUACCACUUAAGGUCCCCACCCUUCUGUGAUUCUGGGCCUUAAACCCCCAGCUUCCACGACUCAAUCUCUUCCACCCAAAGACCAAGGGCCCUUCUUGCACCUCUUUCAAACACCACCGAGAGUUCAGUUCGCAACUUUCCGAAGAGACGGAUUUCUUUCCUCACGGAACGUCGACUCGUGCGGCCUGGUCCGAUACCCAUUGCAUCACUGUUGAAUCGACCUUCCUAACGGUUCUCAAUUCACUUCCGCCAGUUCCUUCGCCCCAGCCGGGGCGCAGACCAAUCCCCAGCUUGCAGUGCGGGGAGUCACUGACUACAUACGUACCCGUUGGUUCUCCAUAAACUCCCCGGACGACUUCGGGUUACCUCAAAUCUCAACGCUCUUGCGCUGCAGCGUUUUAACCUGCACAACAGCUGCCGCCGCCAACCGUUAUAAAGAUUUCGUUUCGCACAGCCGGGCUGCACUCGCAAGCGUGAAUCCCCUGCUCAAUUCUGUUGUUUCGCUCCAUCGCCGCAACCACACCGGUCCGGUAGAUUUUGUUUUACAAUACCGGAUUCCCGGCCUCGGAAGGCCCGCGUCGCAACUCUGUUCCUGGCAGAGCCAUGUCCGGUCGUGCCGUUUCGAAUUCUCAACAUGCCCAGCAGUCCUUCGGUUCCGGUCCUCAAAUCUAUCGCGACGUCGCUGAAUUGCACGCUGUGCCAUCUCCGUCUCACGGCGCCUUGAUGGAUCACUCACAUUUUGACGAUUUCGCGUUUGCUUACCAAGGUCUUCCUGACCAACCUUCUCUCGUUUCUCUGGCCGAUCACGCCCACGCCCACGCUUCGCAAUCACCCACUGCAUUUUCUCAGCACCAGGCGAUGUCUGGACUCGCACACAACGGUUUGCCAUUUGGCACCCUCCCUGGAGGCAACCGGAGCCAGAGCAUGGAUGGCUCCGAUGCUCCUCCAGAUAGGACGUCUCCCGCAUCCAAUGUCCUCGAAGAUUCGGCUACAGAUGAGUUUGGAUUGGCUUCCCGUAGUCGUGCAGAUGCCACGGAUUUGGGCGGUAAACCCAAGGAGGAUAAAGCCGAUGCCACACCGGCGUGGAGUGAGCUGAAGACAAAAGCUGGCAAGGAAAGAAAACGCCUACCGCUCGCGUGCAUUGCAUGCCGCCGAAAGAAGAUCCGCUGCUCGGGCGAGAAGCCUGCCUGCAAGCACUGUUUACGCUCUCGUAUACCAUGUGUAUAUAAGGUCACCACUCGAAAGGCGGCGCCACGAACAGACUACAUGGCCAUGCUUGAUAAGCGAUUGAAGCGAAUGGAAGAACGCAUUAUCAAGGUCAUUCCCAAGUCCGAUCAGGAAGUAGCUUCGUCCGUGACUCGGGCCGUUGUUAAACCAGCGAUACCAGGAACCGUACCUUCAAAUAAGGCAACCAAAAAGCGUGGCGCCGAGGAAGCCUUUGGACCUGAUCUAGAAGCGUGGGCCAAGGCGCCCUCGAAGCCCAAGAUCGAUGGCGAUGAUAGGCCCAGUAGCCUACAAGUACAGGAAGCCGAAGAGAAUAAGCUUCAGCAUGAAGGCACUGAGGCACUACCCUCCAAAGAAAUCCAGGAGCACCUGGCCGAGGUGUUUUUCGACAACAUCUACGGUCAAUCAUAUCAUCUUCUCCACAAACCCAGUUAUAUGCGAAAGCUGAAGAAUGGUACGCUGCCCCCAGUGCUUGUCCUCACAGUGUGCGCUGUAGCUGCUCGUUUCACUUCGAGCCCACUAGUGAAUUCUUCGGGACCAGAGUUCCUACGCGGCGAAGAAUGGGCGUCACACGCUCGAGAUAUCUGUACCAGGCGAUACGAAUGGCCAAAUCUCACAAUUUUGACCUGUCUCCUCAUUUUGGGCCUUCACGAAUUUGGAACAUGCCAGGGUGGCCGUAGCUGGGCUUUGGGCGGUCAAGCAAUUCGCAUGGCCUUCGCCCUUCAGCUGCAUAAAGACCUCGAGUAUGACCCCUCUGGUCGUACUGGUCCUAAAAAACAGCUUAGCUUCAUCGACCGAGAAAUUCGACGACGUAUAAUGUGGGCGUGCUUUCUCAUGGACCGUUUCAACUCUUCGGGGACAGAUCGGCCCAUGUUCAUCAGAGAGGAUACGAUCCAGAUUCCUCUGCCGGUGAAGGAGAAGUACUUCCAAUUCGAUAUGCCUGCUCCAACCGAGAUGCUCGAUGGUCAAGUUCCUCACCCAGCAUCACCCAAUGAUGGGCAACUUGCUGAUGCACGAGACAACAUGGGAGUUGCAGCAUUUCUGAUCCGAGCCAUCGCCCUCUGGGGACGAAUCAUUACCUACCUUAGCCAAGGGGGAAAGGAUCUGGACCCAAACCCCAUGUGGGAGGACGAAUCUCAAUAUGUGAAGCAUCUCAACGAUGUUGUGAAUCUUGAAGCCUGUUUACCUUCGUCACUCAAGUACUCCGCUGAGAAUCUUGACGUCCACAAGACAGAGAACACGGCAAGUCAAUUUCUUUUCAUGCAUAUCUGCCUGCAGCAUAACAUCCUUUUUGUGAGUCGAGCAGCGAUGUCAGCGCGAAAGCAGCAAGGUGUUCAUGAUGACUUUUUCUCUGAAGCGAGUAAGAGGACUUUCAGUGCUGCGAAUCAGAUAUCUGAGCUCCUUCGCGAAGCCGAACAAUCGCGAUGCUUUGUUUCGGCACCCUUUGCUGGAUACUGCGCCUUUUCCUCCACAACAGUCCACAUACUGGGUGUCAUAUCUGGAAAUCCCAACAUGAAGCCAACAGCCGAAGCCAAUCUGACCACCAAUGUCAAGUAUCUUCAUAAGAUGAAGAAGUAUUGGGGCAUGUUUCACUGGAUGGUGGAGAAUGUGCGCACUCAGUAUCGAAAUGCCCUAGACGCUAUGAGAGCUGGUGCAAAUCUGCAAGACCGUGCAGCGCAAUCGUCUUUCCUUCAAUACGGAGACUGGUUCAACCGGUACCCGCAUGGCCUCUCUGAUGCCGAAUUCAUGGACCCUGCCACCCAUAAACGGAAGGAUUCGGGAGCAGAUGGCGUUCUGGAAGCGAAGCCCGAGCUGCAAUCGGUGGAAGAAUACUUCUCCACGCUUCCAACACCCCAGAGUGUUGAGCUUAAGGAUACCAUUCGCGCUGUGGGACCUAAGAGGAAGCAGAGCGCCAAGAAACAAGCUGGUUUGCCGACUCAGUCAGGUCAGCAUCUCGAGUCCAUACAAGGGACAGACGCAGACUCGGUCUCUGGGGCUCAGGAACGUAGGUUCUCGGGUGGAUUGGGACUGCCCUCUAACAGUUACAAUCCUCUCGCAGUAUCAAACGCGCAAAACCCAGCUUUUAGCACAGCUAUGUCACCUAUGAGUCCAGCCAACAUGACGGCGUUCUCCCAUCAUGCCCACACCCCCACAUUCUUCCCUCCUGAGUUGCUAGCCAUGAACUUUGGACAGGGCGCAAAUGGAAAUAUUGACCCCCUCGAUCGUCAGCUUGUCUUCGGGGGAUAUUCCUUGGACGCCAGCACGGGGUUGGGUGGUGGUCAGGAUAUAAUGAGCGGCCUUGACUGGGACGCUGUUGCUUCGGGAACCCACUCCGAUGGAGGCUUACAAGGUCGGCGAUCUGCGGCUAAGGCGGGCAUGAAUGGGCAAGCAGCUGGUAUAGCUGAUGGAGCAGGGCUUAGCGGACCGGAAGCAUCGUCCGCAUGGUUCAUGCCAUUCAACAUGGAGCCUCCAGAGAUGGGCCAAGAUCCCGGCUUCAACAUGGGUGGAAUUGACCCAUUUACGGGAGUAUUUGGGGGAGGGGGUAGUGGUUUGGCAACGCCGAAUGCAUUGGGUGGGCUACAGCAACAGGGUCCUUAGGAGGGACUGUCGGAGUGGUUAGCCUGGGUAACGCCAUAUUCCCGGAGGUCUUCGCGGCCACACAAGUUCACUGGGCCACGAUAUUGACCUAGGCAGUGUGGCCAGAAGACAUUGUCAGCCAGGACUUGAACCUGAAGGCCACGAGCCUUGGGUGAUGUCUUAUAUUUUUCUCCUUUUUUUUCUUUCUUUGUUUUGUUCGUUGUAACUUUCCACAUGGGAAUCUGUACCAGAGAUAAGGCUGGAUUUGGUUGGGUAUUGGCGAAGAGGCAUAUUGAAGUUUGUAUGGCGAAUAUUGUCGGACGCGUCAUCUAACCGUGGGGGGAAAGGAAAAUUGUGUUUUAAGUACUUGAGAUACCAUCAUACCCGUCAUGCUCAUUGAGAGAUUAGUUGACAUUCGUUUGCCAAGAGAUGAGAUAAUUCGCUAAGAAUAUAUCAAAGUUUCUAAAAUGUUGUUGAAAUGAAUGCAUCUUGCUUUUGUGAUGGGACGGGCCCAACUCUUCUACUUGAAAAGACAGCCUAAUGUAACUAGAAAUACAAGAUGAACGCCUGGUUCUUAUUAUGCUAUCGCAGUGGUAUCUUGAUCGAUCCCCCCAACACCCUUCUAUUCCUCCGC